AAGUCAUAGGGGAGGAACUUAAACAUGAUCUCACAUAAAAUCAGAAACAACUCCUGCAUAACACUCUGUAAGAGACAACGGAUCUUUAGUUUCCUCCUAUACUUAAAUCAUAUCAUACAUGUUGUGAGGACUCUUCAGAAGACUGAGAUUUUACUGUGACACAAGAACUUAAAGCAAACAACAUCAGGAUGUCCAACAACAAGAAAUCUUCAACGGCUACAACAUUUUACAGUGAACCAGCAGUGGAGGAACUGUACACUGGAUACCUGGUCAAGUCCCCACCUCUGACCCUGACUAAAAACACUAAAUCAUGGAAGAAUCGUUUCUUUGUGCUCUCCAAGAUCGGUGAAAACACCUUCCAGCUGACAUAUCAUGCAGACGAAAAGAGAGACAAACCCUUGGGAGUGAUAGACAUUUCUAAGAUCAGCUUGCUGUUCAUUAGCCCUGAGACACAUCAGAAGUGGGACUGGGUCAAGAAACAAGCAAAGGGCUCUCCAUCCUCUGUGCUGUUCUUGAAAGUGGAAGACGAGAAACAAUCUAGAGAAUAUUUCCUCAUUGGAAAAGACCGUGCUGAUGUGGAUGGUUGGCUCAAUGCAUUAUUCAAGGCGAUGAAGACCCAGAAAUCACAAAAUAAACUACAACACACAGAUGAUAGUCAGGACAAGAGAUCUAGAUCAAUUACUCUACCUGCAGACCUUUCAGAACCAAACGGUGAAGAUCAGGCUGAUAACAGACGGUCAGCAUUUGAAUUAACUUCUCUGCCACAAUACGAUCAUUAUGACUAUCCCCGCAAGCUGAGCGAACCUCCAAUACCAGUAACACGCAAGAUUCCAGUUAUUAAGGAAAAAGAUGAGAAGGAAGGGAAGCAGGAUGAACCUCCAGAGGACAACAGUGAAUACAUGACCAUGGGAUCAGUGCAAAGGAUGAAAGAUGACCAACAGGAGGAUGACAAAGCAUGCAAAGAGAAAAAUGAAUCGGAAACAAAUGUUGAGAAGGAGGUCAUCGGUAGUCAAAAUGGUGUGACAAACAAUCUGUUCUUGGCACAAGGCGGCACACCAUGUUUAAAGGGGAAUCAGAGCCUGCCCCCAGACACAGUACAAGCGAUUCAGAACUGCAUAAAAACACUAACCAAAAAGGAGGCAAAACUCCUAAUUCAACGGCUUCCAGACCUCACUCUGAAACCUGCCCAACACACUGAGGACACAAAACAAAGGCUAAUGCAAAAUCUCUUUUCACCAUCGAAAUAAUAGAAAUGUUGUACACGUCUAAUUUAAGGGUCACAGGGUCUAUGGGACAUUAAAGCUCAUUCUUUUAUGUCUUAUGUACAUAAAAUUAAGUAUGUGCCCUAGUAAAAAGAAAAGAAAAAAGUACUAUUUAAAAUACAUUUAUUUCAUACUAAGUAUAGCAUAUUUACUGACAUAGUAUUUGAGACUUACUGAUAUAAAAAAUAAUUAUGAUGAAACUUUAUUUGGAGUACUACUUGUGCACAAUGCACAUUUCUUAAUAUUAAGCCUAAAAAUGUCUUUUAAUGCCACUAUUGACAAAUAAUAUCAGACUUUAAAUGCAAGAUAUUUAAGGUGUACCACUUUAGCACAAUCAAAUAUACUUCAGUAUAUCUGCACAAUUAAAGUGCAUUAAGCACAAAAUUAGUUCUUCCAAUUUCGCAGACUUUGAGUAUACCAGUUUACCCUACCAAAAACUGCAGGGUAUUUUUAUGAAGUAUUUGUAGUAUACUUAGCAUGAAAUAAAUGUAUUUCUAAUACAUUUUAGUAUAUUUCCUUUACACUAGGGUGGUAGUGGGUACUGUAUAUAUUUGUUUGUUUGAAGAACAAGUGUCAAGUAUUACUUAAAAUGUAGGAUGAGAGAUAACCCACAGUGAAAAACAGUAGUAAGCCUAUUUUAUAUAUAGAUUAAUUAUGUUUUAGAAAGCAUGCAUCUUGCACAUUGUUACACUGUGAAGUGUUAUUAAACUUACCAUUUAACAGUUUCUGUUUCUUUUUUUAUUUUGCUGUGUACAUGCGAUA